GGGAGAUCACGACGACAUCCAAUUUUGCCGAAGAUGGACGGACGCAAAAAAUAUCAAUUAACUCAAAACCGCCGUAGAAAAUAAUCAUUUCUUAACGAAUUCAGAACAGAAUGAAUUCAGAAUUCCAGCAAUUUUACACUUUGGCUCGUUUUAGGGGCCUGAGUCCUCGCGCCUGGUUAUCGACCGACGGAGCAUCAGCCUGGUCAUCAAUAGGGCGCGUGGAGGCCCUUCGACUUUCCUGCUUCGGGCCGCCACUGUAUAAGCGUCUUCAUGCGCGAAAGACAGGGACUUUCUUAGCCUGGCAAGAUUUUGCAGCGAUGCAACGUCAUUGCUGCCCCCAACAUUAUUGCCUUGCACGCCGCCAGCCGCACACUUGCCUCUGGCGAAUGGGCCCUGAUUCCCGGGUCAUGAAAGACCGCAGGCCAUAGCGAGGAACCACCCUGGCCUGUGUUUUUUUCGAGGGAAGCGGCCCGGCGUCCAGCCAGGCCAUUGAAGAAAAGGCGGGCCAGCGAGCAUCUUGCGGAAGGGUCCGGCACCAAUUUCAAAAUUAAGUUGGAAAAGAGUUGAAAAAAGUUUGGCAAAACAAGUACGGCGUUGUCGAGGCUUUUGGCCGUUUCGCAUCUAUCAAAAGGGGGCAAAAUGAUUGCCGGGGCUCUGUUUCGCUGCAUCAUCUUGCUUGUGGAUUUGUUUCUUGGGAUCUGGCAUCGUGAGUUCCAUGGGCUCCGGGCCAGAGGGGCUUCGCGCCGAGGGACCUGGGACGUCUUGUCCGACACCUUGCCCAAUCCGGUCCGCAUUUUGUGCGCGUAUUUGUGAUCGUCAGGGCCCCUCGAGUGAGCGACGCUUGUGGGUGUUGGGUGUUUGAGAGGUACACGCCUGAAGCACGCGCACGCCCUCCCAGUUCGGGGCCGUGCAUUGGGAAACAUUGUGGCCAUUUGUUCAGUAAAGAGCCGCUACGCGGCUAUCGAUGCACUCACUACGACGCUUGCGCUUUUGCGCCCUGUCAGCCACCUUAUUGUCGGGCUAAGGGGGCCGCGUUGGCGCUGUUAGAGGUGAUUUAGGCGAUGCCUUUCGCCCCAAAAUCCCAAAAAGUGCGAAACUCUGACUUCAUUCUGAAUUCAUUGAGAAACGCAAUUAGUUCCAGGGCGGUUCUGCAUUAAAAGUAAAAGGCUGGGAGAUCACGACGACAUCCAAUUUUGCCGCGAGGUCGAAAGCAGAUGGUGCGACGGGCUUUCUGCCUUCGUAGGGACAUCAACAUCUUCCUCACCAUACGCCAUUUAUUACGGCGGGGAGUUCUUCGAUCUUGGUCUUGCCGCGCGAUAGUAUCCCUAGGGAAGUCGAGAUUUAGUAGCUCCAUAUCCACCCUAGAUGAAGACCGUUGCAAAGCGAAUGUACUCUACUUCUGAAGUGCUUUUCACUUAUGGGAGAAGGUGAUUAUGUCCAAGACGGGUUUGAUAUUUCAGGCGUCUUCCGUAUAAUGGAACAGGAGACACUCAGUGUACUAGGAUGUUUU